AACCAACAAAUCCUCACUGAGAGCUUCUUCAAGAACAAGAGCAAAAUGAAAUCUGCUGUAGCUUUUGUUGUUCUUUGUCUGCUUAUGCUGCAUGUACAAGGUCAGGCCAGGAUGAGCGUAAAGAGGUGCUUAUGUCAAGGUUCUGGGGUGAACAUGGUUCGUCUACAACGUGUUGAGAAGGUUGAAGUUUAUCCUCCUAGUCCAUCUUGUGAAAAUGUGGAAAUUAUUGUCACUUUGAAGAACAGUGCAGGACAAAAAUGCUUGAACCCAGAAUCCAGUUUUGCCCAGAAUUACAUCAAGAGAGCCAUUAAAAAGAGGAGUCUGCAGUGAAGCCUGUGACACAACAGUGACGAUGUGGAAGAGAAGAUUGUGAACGCUAUUGACUGUAUUUAUUGUUACCGCAAAUGCAUAAACUACAUUGUAAAUACUGUAAAUAUGUCAUGUUUAAUUUAUAAAAGUGAUGCUGUCAUAUAAUUGUGUAUUGUGAGAUGUUGAAUACAUUUGUCUUUUCUGAAACACCUUGUAAGUUUUUUUUUAUUGUACUUUUAUUGUUAGUUUUGAUAUUGAUAUCAGAAAUAAAUUAAGCACAUGAAUGUGCCUGAAAUCUACAAAUACAAAUGUGAUGUGUUACUCAUUAGCAACAUGCAGAACAACGUUUAUAUCAGCUUUCAUGUCAGUACCUGCUGACAUUUGACAGCUGAUAUUUGAUUUUUCACUUAUAUUAGACAAUCUCA